AUGCAUAAAGUAUUGUUUACAAAACAAUCCGUUGAAGAAACUAAACAAUACGAAACUUUUUCAGGGGAAAUUCCAUGUAAACAUGCUGGAACUAUUCAUUCAAUAUCAAAAGAACCGCAAAAACCUGAUUCACUUCUACCCGGCCUACACCACGGGAAACAGUUAAUAAAAAAACGAAAUGUAAAGAAAAAAAGAAUAUAA